CCAACAGGAGAGGAAGAGAGAAGAGAAAUUGAGAGAGCCAGAAUUAUUAAUUUCUCUUAUUCUAGUUUAGAGACCGCUUAAGAAAUCAAAUCUCACUGCAGAAUUAUACGCAUCGGCAAUGUGCUAUAUUGUUGAUAUAAAAAGGUAUUGCAGUAGCGCAUAACAUACCUCCAUUGUUUUAUGGCAAGUUGAGUUAGAAUUAUUGGUAAGGAAUAUAAGUACUAGAGAUCGAUUUCACGAGAUUCUGUAACAGAUAAUAGCUGGGUCACGUGGUGGCUGAUCUGAAAGUCCAGAUUCGCAUAAUCGGACCAUCAUCUGCUGCGGCGAGAGGCAGAUGGAGAGGCUCGCGGAGGUCACCGAAUCAGAGAUACGAAUAGACUUUGCUCUCAACUGCAAAUGCCGAGCCACCGUCAGUCUACGAUCUCUGUGGGCCGCCUCGCCGCUGGCCUUCAAGGUCCAGACCUCCUCCCCUAAUAAGUUCCUCGUUAACCCUCCCUCCGGCAUCAUCCCCCCUCUCUCUCACGCCACCUUCCAAGUCAUCCUCAAGCCUCAGUCCCAGCUUCCCCUAACCUUCCCUCGAUCUCCCUCCGAUCGCUUCCUCGUCAAAAUCGCCGAAUUCCUCCCCAACACCUCCAUUCCCAUUCCCUCUCACGCCAUUAACUCAUGGUUCUCCUCUCUCCCGUCUUCCACUCCCACUCAGAAUCUUAAACUCAAGGUCGCCUUUGUCGGCCCCCUGCUUCUCCGCCAUGCCGUCGUUAGUGGUGAUUUGGAUGCUGUUAGGAACCUCAUCAAACGGCAGAGGUCCUUACUCGCCGAUUUGUCGCCCAGUGAGGCUGAUUGGCUCCUCCGAGUCGCCACCGAGUUGGUUAACCCGGACGGCAUGGUUCACUUGCUCCUGGAAGCUGGUUUGAGACUGGAGCAGGAAUUGGGAUCGGGUAACGCGGACCCGAGAUGGGCUUCGAAGGGCUGGGACGAGUUACACGUGGCGGCGGCUCUUGAUCGGGCGGAUGACGUCCGGAGGUUGUUAAAGACGAAUCCUUCGUGGCCGUUGGAUUCCAGAGAUCACAAGGGUAGGACCCCUUUGCAUUUGGCGGCGGAUAAGGGAAAUAUCAGGUGCGCGCGCUUGCUGGUGGAAGGCGGAGCGAAUGUGAAUGCCAGGUGCAACGACGGUAGCUCGCCGUUGUUCAGAGCAGCGGCGAAUGGUGAGAGUAGGAUGGUGGAAAUGCUGGUUGAGAUGGGCGCUGACCCAACCAUAACCGACGAUCGUGGCCGUUCCGCCCUUCACAUUGCCAGUGAUGAAGGACACAAAGAGAUAGUAAAAAUAAUGGAGCAAGGAGAAGAAGUACUAGCGGCGGCGAGGCAUGGAGACGUAAAGAAACUGGAGACACUGUUGAAGAGAGGGGCGAACGUGCACUACCGUGAUCAGUAUGGUUUGACGGCCCUUCAUGCGGCAGCCAUGAAAGGGCACAAAGAGAUGGUAUCGAUGCUGACAGAAGCAGGGUUGAACUUGGAAUGUGAGGACGAGGAAGGUCACGCGCCGCUGCACAUGGCGGUGGAGAGUGGUGACCCGGAGACCAUACAAGUUUUAGUGAACAAGGGUGUGAAUGUAAAUUCUGCCAAUAAGAAGGGUGCCACCCCUUUGUACGUGGCUAGAAUUUUUGGAUACGAUGCCAUAGCUGACUUCCUUGUCAGCAAGGGAGCAAUGUCCUGUUUUCCUGUAAUUUUACGGUAACUUCUCUCUGAAUAUACAUCACAUAAUCCUAAAUUAUAGUGCUUGCCCCAGAAAUGCUUGUGCAAGAUAUUAUUUGCAGGCAUCAUCACGGCAAUUUCCCUCGCCCCCCUUUUUUGGGUGUUUAGUAAUUAGUGGCCCUGUUCCAUUCUCGAACCGUAUGAUUCUAUCUUCUCUGGUCUUGUAAACCAAGGAUUAUAUCGUGGGACUUUCAAAGAGAAUCACUACUCAUAAAGGUCCAACCAGAUCAUCUCAUGGGUGAACUCUUCGAUCGAGAAAUUUCCUAGCUACCAGGCCUUCCUCAACCAUCCAUGACUUGAAAAUUAAGCAUCCGCUUUGAUCCAAAUUGAUGAGCACUUGUAAUGAUUUGCAUAUGUUACGACAUCAUAGUUUUCGGAAAUAAUUUAGUCAGAAGCUAUCAUUAA